AUGAAAUUUACCGAUGUACUGUUUCUAUUUCUUAUCGGAUUUUCGGUAGGGCUUGAAUACACAUCGUGCCACACUGUUACUUGUGGAACAGGGAUUACCUCAUCAGAAUGUAUCUCUAUCUCCUCAUCAGAUGGAAAGGUGACAGUUACCCCCUGCACAACUGGUCUACAGUGUCAAGAUAAUGGACAAUUUACGUCAACAACAGGGGGCUGGAAUUCAUCAAAUUGCACAACAGCCAUAUCCCAAAACAGCACGACCAGCUUGAUUAGGCAAUCGGCAGCAGGCUACCCUUGCAGCUCUAACUCAGAUUGUGCUAGCAACACUUGUCAGAAUGGAAUUUGCCAAGGAAUUCCGGAAGGGCAAAAUUGCACACUAGACGACGAGUGUCAGCCCAAUCAUUAUUGCUAUAUUCAAAGCACAAACCAGACCUCAAAUAAUGACUCCAGCUCAAAUAACUCUACAUCAGGCAAUACAUCAAAUGGUACAAAUGGAACAGGCACAAAUGCAAGUACUGGCGGAAAUACAACUAAUUCCACUGGUUCAUCAAAUUCCACUAAUCAAACGAGUAGCAAUGGAACUUCUACAAAUAGUUCAAGUGAGAAUGCUACAAAUAGCACAAGUGGUGGGGUCACUCCUUCUAAUAAUACAAAUAGCUCGACAAGUUCUAAUACGACAGCUUCUAAUACGACAACUUCUAAUACGACAACUUCUAAUACGACAACGUCUAAUACUACGACUUCUAAUACCACAACGUCUAAUACGAGCAGCUCAACUAAUAAUACUGAGUCUAAUACAAGUUCUAGCACUAAUACAACGACUUCCAAUACUACGACCUCUAAUACAAGCUCAGGCAACAAUGAUACAUCUGAAAACUCUAGCAGCGCCAGCAAUUCAUCAAAUUCAUCUGGAACAAACAAUACCACCACAACUAAUACAGCAAGGCGACUGCAAACUGAGACCACUGAUGCCAGCAACCAAGGUAUAUGUAUGGCUGCAAAUCCUGUAGACACUGCCUGUACAUCUGACACUCAAUGUCAAGUCGGCUAUGGCUGCAACAAUCUUGUCUGCACCAAACUUUUCUCAGUAGCUGUUGGGACUGCUGCUUCCAGUUCAAAAUUCUGUGCAACAAACCUCGUGAGAAAUGGAGUCUGUGAAGGCAUCGUAAUUGUUUCUCAAAAUAAAACUCUGAGCAGUCCUUAUCAGUGUUCUAUCGGCUCUGAUUGUAUAUAUCAAUAUAAAACAGAUGGAGCUAAUUUCACUACAGAUCAUUGCCAAUGUGACGGUACCAGCACAUCAGUCGGGUACUGUGGAAUGGUCUCAGGAGUUAUCGGGGUUUGGGACCAGGUUUAUCCUAAACUUCAAUACACAGUCUCAAAUUGCUCAGGAACCUUGACACAUACAGAUGAUAUCCAAGAUCUCAUAGCUUGUGGGUCUCUUUCUAAUGAUACUCAAUCAUACUAUAACGAAGCAAUUCUAGAAACAAGUGCAUGGACUUUAUACCAGUCAGGAGCAAUUGAUAAAUGCGCUUCUUCUCUUGGUCUGUUUGCACCAAAUUCAUCUAAUGACGCAAGCUCAGCUUUUGUGCUUGUUUUGUCAGCAGUUUUCUUGGUUUUCAUUUAA